AAGUAAGAAGCAGCCCACUCCAAACAGACGCAUAUUUAAUCGUAUUGUAGCUAUCUGCUUGCUACUAUCAAAACAAGAAGAAAAAGCUUUGACAGCGACACGAAGCGAUGCUCUGUUUGAUUAGUAGAUUAUAUUUCAUUCAGAAGUGAGACUAAGCUCAUGUGGACACCGAGAAAUGUUAGUUUCUGGACACUCAGGCGGACGUUCGGCUGUAGUGUACUUAACCAGGUUUGAUUUUCAUCGAAGAGUAGGGAGAAGCGCAGCAUGUUUGCCGCCUGACAACUUGUGACUUGGGCUUUAAAAGUGCGAGUUUGCAGUAAUGGCCUCAUCGCUGGGUUGCUUCAACGGUCCGGAGGUGCUGGAGGACGUGAGCCACGCUCGGGGCUUGAUGCACGAGCUGAAACUGAUGUACGACUCUCGGUUGCUCGGCGACGUUACCAUCGGGGUUGAGUGUGACGACGAUGAGGAGGACGAAGAGGAGUUAUCGCUGGAGCACCGCGAGGGAGGAAGAGUUGACGUGGGUCAAGCGUUUCUGUGCAGCCGCAACGUCCUGGCCGCUGCCAGCCCGUACUUCAAGAGCAUGUUCACGGGCGGGCUGAACGAGAGCGCCCAGGAGAGGGUGCUCAUCCGCGGCGUGGACUCUGAAUCCAUGUCGGUCAUCAUCGAUUACUGCUACACGGGCAGGGUGACCAUCACGGAGAGCAACGUGCAGCGGCUGUACGCGGCGGCCAACAUGCUGCAGCUGGAGUACAUCCGGAAAGCCUGCUCCGGCUUCAUGACCAGGAGGCUGGAUCACUCCAACUGCGUGGGGAUGCUGAAGUUUGCGGACACCUACGACAAUCCGGAGUUAAAGGAGAACGCCCGAGCCUUCAUUGCCAGGAACUUCAAUCAGGUGUUUAACGGAGGGGAUCUGUGCGAGCUGAACUCGGAUCAGUUUAAGGAACUGUUGUCUCUCGAUACUUUGGACGUGGACUGUGAGAAGACGGUGUGCUCUGCAGCUAUCCAGUGGCUGGAGGUGAACGCACCUGUGGAUAAAGAGGACGCCCUGCAGGUGCUGAAGUGUGUGCGCUGGAGCUUGUUCAGCGAGAAGGACAAGUGUUACCUGGAGAGCCUCGCAGCCAGGCCUUUAAUCGAGACAUACCUGGCAUCCUUCUUUAGCAGGUCUGCAGAGGACGGCUGCGCCAUGUCUGCACCUCUGGACGCACUGAAACACAGAAUAGGCGUGAGCGCGAAGGAGAUGAUCCUCUUCUUUGGCCUGCCCAACGACAACAUCAUGUGCUGCGACCCUUACUCCGAGGACCUGUAUUUUAUGGCUCCGCCUUUGGAAGAUCUCAGCAGUCAAGAUUACAAACGCUCCACCAUGGAGUCGCUCAUCGUUUGCGCCACGCCGGACAACAACUUGUAUUUGGCUUCCCACCUUUCCAAACACUUCUGGCUGUACAAUCCCGUCCUCAACAGCUGGCAGGAGUUGGCGGAAAGGCUGCUGGGCAGAAUCCACUCAGGGAUGGGCUACCUGAACGGCCACGUGUACCUUCUGGGAGGAAGAAAUCCAGUCACAGACGUCAGAUUAAAGGAGGUAGAGUGCUACAGCAUCCAGAGGAACCAGUGGACGUUGGUGGCCCCGCUGCCUCACUCUUUGGGGAAAAUGCAAGUGGUGGCUCUGCAUGAUCACCUGUACGUGGUGAACAAAAGGAGAAUGCUCUGCUACGACCCCAAGAGAAACCGCUGGCGCCACUGUGGCUCGCUCAGAAGGGACAAGCUUCACAAGGCCUGUGUCUUCCAGGAGCAGAUCGUCUGCGUGUGCGACAUCCCCGUGGUCAAAGCCUACAGCCCUGCAAGAGGGGAGUGGAAGAGGCUGGGGGACAUCCCCAUCGACAGCCGAGCGCUCAACUACCAGGUGAUCCAGCACAGCGGCAGGCUGCUGCUCCUCACGCAGACGCUGCUUCAGCACAACAAGAACAGGGUCCUCAUCCACGAGUACGACCCCGCUCGGGACGCGUGGAAGAACAUCAUGGCGGUGUACGUGUCCACCCUGGGGCCCGUGUGCGUGUCGACGCGCGUGUACCCGGCGUGCCUCGGGUCCGCUCACAGCUUCUCCACGGAAGAGGACGACGACAGCGGCUCCAGCGCCGACUGGGACCUGGACGGUUUAACGGAUGCAGACUCCGAUUCCUGCAGCUCCAGUUCUUUCUCUGAUGAGAACUGGUAGGGAACCGAUGUUCCCCUGUCAAAAUAAGUGUUUAUUUAUAAUGGCUAUUUAUUUUUAUUGGGGAUUUUUGUUUGCCACUGGUGAUGUUUCAGUAUUAAAGUAGCCAUUUAACUUGAAGACAUAAGUUAAGGACUGGGAGAGGUUAUUUUUCUUUCUCUUUCACCCACUUACAGUAUUACAUCAUUUUGAGAUUAAGUAAAUACAACAAACAUCUCUGUGUAAUGACAGACCAACACACAAGGGCAUGAAUUGGAAGGGGAAAAAAAUCAUUGUUAAAUGUUUUUACAAAUAUUCUUAAAAGUGUGGCACACAUUUACAUCCUUUUCACUCACAGCACAGGGAUUGACACCUUUUUCUUGCCGUUACCUGAACACUACUUUUACCAUAUAUGUGUUCUUCCUGCUUUCACAGGGACAAAUCUUUUUUGUCCCUUAAGCUGUUAAUUUUUCAUACUUUUUCAUUAUAAGCUCACCUCAGUGGGAACAUCGGAUACCUACAUACACGUGAAUAACGUGGGAUGAAGAGUGGACUUUAAACAUUUGAAUUAGGGGUUUCGUCUCAUGCUUGGUGCUUAAACAUCUCUCAGAUGUAUUCAUGUCCCUGUUUGCAAAACACUAGACUUCAUUUGGCUCCGCCAAAGCUGUGGGAACUCUGGAACUAUUUUUUUUUUUUUCCUAUUUAUUAUUUUUAAACAUAUGGACAACUAUAGAGGGUAGUAUUUAAUUAUUUGUGCUCUGAGUUUGGUUCCAUAAUGACAUGUUUUUGAUCACAUUUGUGUUUAACUUGAACAUGUGCAUGCACGCCAGCUUCACAUUGGCGUAAAAUCAGAAUUUUGAGGUCUGGCAGCUUAAGUGCCUCUCAUUUAUGACUCCAAACUAAACUGGACGAAAAACAGGGCUUUUUCUAUGCAGAUGAUGUGAUUCUGCGCUCAGUAAGUGGUUGUGAAAUUUUUAGUUUGAAACCACAAAGUCAGUGUUUGCUGCAGUCUCAGGUUUGGGCUCAAAAGCCUUCUUGCCACGUUCGACUUUCUUUUUGUUGUGAUUACAAGUGGCUCAUUUUACGAUAUGUAUUCAAAACUAUGUGUUUUUUAUGUAGAAGGAUCAUUUAAUUUCUGCCUUCCAAAAUGAAAUGACAUGUAUUAUUGUUUUGGUUUAUUAGCAGUAUUUGGUCCAAAAUGCUGAGAGAUGGUAGGCAUUAAACGGCUUUUGGGAGCAUAAAAUUUGCGAAAUGCAAGACCAGCGAACUGCUGCUGCUUAAACAAUCAUGAUGUGGAGAUGAAUCAGAAUUUCUGUCAGCAUACAACAAUGCAACAGUAGUAACAGUGGGUUUUAUUUUACCCAAAGGGUCCAUAGCGAUGAGUGUCAGCUUGAUUCUACAUUUUACUUUUACAUUUACUUUUCACAGAUUAGGAGGUGAUUUUAUUGUAUAUGUGAAAAAUAAACUGGUGUCCAUUGUAUCUAGAAAAUGUCA